AGUACAAGAGUGAGCAUCAGGGUGUCGCACAGCCUAUUUCACAGCAGAGCGGGUCAGCGGUCAAUCUCACUGUUUGCAGCCCAGAUCGCAAGGAUGGCUGACGAGCAGCAAAGCACCCUCCUGAACCACAGUCAGGACAGCAUCAGCACCGGCACCACCGAGCCCAGCAUUGCUCGCGGUCAGAACAGCGGUGGCGGAAGCUGUUCCCGGGGCCUCAUGUGGACCGGUGUGACAAUCCUGGGAGUCCUGCUCAUCGCUGGCCAAGUGGUCAGUGUCAUGUUCCUCAUGAAACAACAGGACAAGAUCACUGACCUGCAGAAAACUACCACUGAGAUCCAGAACAAGAACUCCGCUCCCCCGGCCAAACCCAAAACCACCAUCCGCCUGCGGCCAAUGAUGAACAUGCCGAUGAUGUAUGACCUCCCCGAGCCCGAGGCACCAAAGGAGAAGACCCCGACCCCAGCACCGCCCCUCACGCUGAUGCAAGAGGUCGAGGAGCUGCUGAAGAAAGAGAACUUGACCCAGGAAUUGCCGAAGUUCAAGGGGACCCUGUUCAGUAACCUGAGGACCCUGCGUGAGAACGUGGAGGAGCCCAUGUGGAGGGAGUUUGAGACUUGGCUGCGCAACUGGCUUAUGUUCCAACUGAUCCAGGAACAGCAGCAGAAAAUCAGCUCCACCAUCGCCCCAUGGCACAAACCCCGAGGUGCAGGAAGGAAGAUGAUCUCCAGUAUGAUGUUCAAGCCAAUGGCCCUCGACACCAAUGACCAAAGCACCGUCAAGCCUGAGGAGGAGAUGAAGUUGGUAAAAGUGGUUCCCGCCAAGACAAACUGCCAGCGAGAGCGUGAUAGGAUCAAGCUGAUGCCGGGUGUUUAUGAGCCGACCUGUGACAAGGCUGGUGACUACACGGCAGAGCAGUGCCAUGCCAGCUCCGGCUACUGCUGGUGUGUCAAGCCGGACGGCACUGAGAUCCCUGGCACCCGCGUCCGCGGGCAACGGCUGCACUGCCAACGUUACACAGAGUCCGAGGAGCCGCGGACCUCCGGCCUGAUUGACUGAAACUAAAGCAGUCGAGGCCGUCACUGGGAGCUUCGCUGGGAGCUGCUGACAGCAAUAACCGUAACUGCACCAUAAUCGCUUUUUUACUGAUUUGUUGAAAAAUAAACUUUAGCAAAACC